UCUGAUAUCUAGCUUCCUGGCAUCUCCAUGGUGAAUUCUGGCACUUUCCUUCUGUAUAUGUUGGUUGAGGUUGGUACAGCAAAUUGUGACUUUCUCCUGCCUGGGCUAGGAUCCUUAAUUCUUUGACACAUCACAGAUCUGGAGGGGCUGUUGGACCAUCUGGCAGAAGUAACGCCUGCCCUGGAAUAUCUCAGCCUGUUAGGCAAUAUGGCUUGUCCCAAUGAGCUGGUCAGCUUGGAAAAAGAUGAAGAUGACUAUAAGAGAUACAGGUGCUUUGUUCUGCACAAGCUGCCUAACCUGAAGUUUCUGGAUGCAAAGAAAGUCACAAAAUGGGAGCGUGAGGAGGCCCUGGUGAGAGGGAAAUUCAUGAAAGUAGUGAAGCCCAAGGCCUCCGGAGAUGAUGUUCCUGAGUCUUCUCAAACGCCAUAUACACCUCUGCCUCCUGGUUCCCGGUCACUGACCAGUCACCGAGGUGUUCUAGGAAGGUGUCACUAUGUUUACUAUGGGAAAAACUCCGAGGGCAACAGGUUUAUUCGAGAUGAUCAGCUCUAAGGCUGAGACCAGCCUGCCUGGCCCAAUUUCAUGAGUAUAAGUAACGGGAAGAAAAAGAAAGAAACAAAGAAAAGGAAAAAAAAAAGGAAGAAAAAACCCUUAACUAACCCAAGCAUUUGCGCCACCGUCAAGGAAGCCGCCUCGGUCCUCUAGUACCUUCUGCUGACUUUGCCAAGCCUGUCAAGAUCAUCCUUCUGUCUUAGUCUGAGACAUCACAUAGAGAUUGACAUGAUUGCCUUUAAGCAGGUCUCAUCCACCAGCGUGACAGACAGCUGCAGCCAGGCAUCGGGGCUGACAGGAUGAACACCAUGAUAGAUUGCCUGGUCCAUCCGCAGCUCGCUGGGGAGCAGAGGUCACACCUGGGGCCCCUGCGAGCAUGCUCAGUUAGCUUUUGCCAGUCACAGAGACUCUUGUCUUCAGCUUGCCUGUUGAGUGAGGGAUGGGUGUGAUAUCCAGAUGGUUUUUACAAAACAAAAAUGGUUCUGAUAGUGGGGAAGGGCAGGGAGGCCUCGCUCCCCAUCUCUGUUUCCAUCCUCUCACAUUUCACACACACACAUACACAGAGAACCCCCCCAGCUCCACCAGCCCCCAAAGCAUCUUUAUCACGAGCAGAGCUUCAAGGUCUGUAAUCCCUCUGAGGAAGGAUAUUUGCUGUCAGGGAUAUUUCGUGACUUGUUUCCAAAUGAUACAAACUCCUGGUUUUAGUAAAUAUUUUCCCCUACGUUCCCAAAUCGAAGCAGUGGGCUCUGGAUCAGUAAAGGGCUCUUGCAUCCCAGACUUAGACUUUUCUCUCUCCAGAUCCAGGACUUACUAUGGAUAUUUUGGAACACAGAUUCUUUUCACAUUGGUGGCAUACCUGUUUCAUUUAUCAUCUAUACUUUAAAACUGGUCUCUUUCCAUCCUUGGGCUGGUGUAUUUCUUGUCUGACAUAGUCUUUAUGGUCUGGACACAAUUGCAAGACUAGGUGUGGCUAUCUAUACCUGGUUUACCCCUCCUUACGGCAUCUGAUUUGGGAUUUUUUUUUAAGUCACUAAAAAGUAAGAAGUAGAAUUAUAGGUCAGAAGAUUAAAAUUUAAUUUAAAGGAGAAGAAAAUGCCCCCUGCCCAAUCCCCUAAGCCUUUCAGAGAAAACAAUAGAUCCCUUGAAUAUCAUGUCCUUCAGAGGAGAUAUUGGGAAUGGAAUCUGUAGUGUUUGAGUUGAGGUAGUAUCUUUGAGCAUCCAUGGUAGUUUUGUAAUGAUGAUACCACCUGGGACAAGUGAUCAUGAGAUGUACAUGUGAAAUGCCCACUUGAAAGAUAAUUGAGGAAGUAGUUAAUAAAAUAGGAAAAAUGUCUUAGCUUUUUUUCUUUUUUUUUCUUUCUUUCUUUUUUUUUUUUACUUUAAAUUCAAACCAAGUGCUUAGCAUUCUGUUAUGUGCACAGGCUUCCCAAAGCAAGAUUAGCCAGAUCUAAAAUAGGAACCUUUCAAAGUGCUAGCCCAAAAGAGAAUCCUACUGUAGGCUGGUAAAUGCCAAGUCUUUCCAAUUGGCCAACCCAUUUUGAUGGGUAUGUAAGGCCAUGGGCCUUCCAUGUCUUUGGGUGAACAAUCUGGAACUUACAUCUUGAAAAGAUGAUAGGUUUAAAAGAGUCCCUAUCAGAAGGAUUUUUUUCACUGGACAGCUAGCCUAAGGAGCAAAGUUUCUUACUAAUUAAUUAAACAGACAAAUUUGCAAUGCAGUCCUUAAGGAAAGAAGAUUUAGGGGUGUCCUGUUUUUGUUAUUUUCCUUCAGGCAUAAAUAAUGGGAGAGAAGGUACCUUUUUCUCUGAUCUGAACAAUAGCACUAGGGAGUUUGUCAAGUUGGCUGCAUUUGAACCUCUUUGCUGAGAAACAUCAACACAUGUUUUGUCCACAACAUAUUAUGGGCAGCAAGAGUUCUGAGCAGGGGCAGCAAGACUAGUCCAAUGUCAUAUCCAAUCUGGCAACACAUAUAUCCUUGUCUUUAUAAAAGGCUUUAACCCUGCCUCAAACAAUAAA